AACGAGGGUAAAAUAGUCAAAUGGAUGUGUCAUAAUCCACGCCCAUCCCAGUCAUCGCCAUAUUCUUUCCCAUGACCCACAGAACCAGACCAAAAUGACCGGAGGUUCCGGUAAAAAUGUAAUAAAAAAGGGCAAAAAGAACACAACGAAUCACCUCCACGCGUCCAAUCUUAUCCGUUACCCCACCACCUUUCUACCUUUCCCCCCAUUUUUUUAAUACCAUCGUCGCUCCUCGGUAACCGCCCUAUAAAUCGUUCAACCUCAAUUUCCACUUCUCCCCAGCAUUGCCCCCAAUUACAGAAACCCUAUAUUUCUCUCUAAAAACCCUAUAAUCAGGCGUUUCAAUGGCUACUCAUCUUCUUACUUUUAGGCCCACCGGAAUCCAGGCCUGUGCUAUUCCCGGUUAUCGAAAACCCGACCCCAACCGCCGGAAGAGUACGUCGUCAUCCUCCUCCGCCAAUUGGUGGGCGCCUAUGUUUGGAUGGUCCUCCGAGCCCGACUACAUUGACUCCGAUCAGAAAACUGAGGCCAAGGAGAAAAGAGAUUGCGAAUCGGAAAGGGAUCUGGGACAACAGUCGGCGAGAACGAAGUUCUCCCCGGGUUGCUUCACGGAGGAGAAGGCGAGGCAGCUCCGGAUGAUGACGACCAAAACGUCAUCGUUUCACGAUGUUAUGUACCACUCAGCGAUCGCUUCUCGACUCGCCUCCAAUUUCAAGGAUCCCUCCGAUCUAUAGAGUCUCCGGCGAGUCAGGGCUUUAUAUGAACUUUUAAUUUUCUUUUUUUUUUUUGUGUAAUUUUGAUAUAUGUAUAUAUAUAUAUGUCAAGUUUUUUAGGGGCUUAGAAAAGAAUGGAAAAGUUAAAUGAUGGAAUGGGUGAGUGAUGACGAUUUGUUCAUCGUUUUAAAAUAGUUUCGUGUAAGAGACGAUGAAUCAAAAUGUAAUUAUUGAAGGUUUGAUGUACAUAGAAUCAUUUUGAAAUCGUAUAAUUUAUCAAUCUUUCUGGAUUAUUUUGCUUU